AUGAAGUUUGGUGGGCUUUUAAUGUUAUCGCUGGUUUUUGCUGAUUUCCAAGAAGAUUUGAAUACAAUCUCGGUGACUUAUAGUUGUGGUAAGGGCCUCCUGAAGCCUAAAACGUACCACAGAAUUUCAGACCCAUACUGCACGUUUAAUCACUCGGAAGUUACAUCGAAAACUAUAAAAUUCUUUCCGCAGCAGUGUGAAGAAGUCUGUGGUUUGCUGGUUUUCAACUCAAAUACUGAUCUAUCGGAGGAUGAAUUGAAAAUUCCCUUCAAAAAUAUGAUCAUACUGUGCGGAGGUUUGAGAAUCGAAAAUUCGACGUUGGGGAGUUUAUCGUUUUUCAAUAUUUCCAUGCAUAUGUACUUUUAUUGCGAAACCUACGGCCUCUCCAUCACAAACAACUCGUUACUAACGAAUAUAGGAGCUCUCGAAGAUUUUCUCUUUUUUGGAGAUGAUCAGAAUAACAAUGAAUGUGCGUUCCACGUGACCGAUAACCCAAAAUUGGAUGCAACACAUCUUUGUGCUCAAGGUGCUGUGGCAGACAUGUUUGAUAUGAUUGUUACUGGAAAUUUCAACGAUUGCGAAUGCAACGGUGGCCUUAUCACUGCCGAAAACCUACAUACCUAUCGAAAAUGCAAGACGCUGAUUGGCGGACUUCUGCUAAUAAACUUCACGUUUACUGAGGAUUUAAGUGCUCUAACGAAUGUCGUUCAAAUAAGAGGCGAUGUUGAGAUUGGGUUCACUGAUUUCGAAAACUUGACGUUUUUGAAAAAUGUGAAAGUUAUUGUGUCGAGAAAUGGCAGGUUGGGGGACAAAGUAGUGGUUAACAUUCACGAUAACUAUGAGAUGACACGAUUGGGGUUUAAUGAAAGAUUGCAGCUCUUCAACGAGAUAGACCCCGGCGCAACGAUCCUGAACCUCGAGAACCUGCAUCCCGAUUUUUGCCUAACCUUCGACAAUCUGUGGCAAUUUACGUGGGAUCGCGUGGAACUCAUCAGCCUUCCCGCCAACUACUGCACAAAAGAUGUGGGAAACAUCCGAGAUUGGGCACGAGUCUGUAUAUUCUACACGUUGGAAAAACUGCCCACCAAUUGUUAUGGAAUCAUUGGCGAUGUGGAGGUCGACGUCAACUCGGGAACUCAUUUAUACAAGCUUUUUGGUGUGGUUUUCAUUUUUGGAUCGCUGAAAAUUCAGUACAUGAAAGCGGAAGGUUUGGACUUUUUGUACAAGUUAGCUUAUGUGAUCGCACCGGAUGCGGCUCGGCCAGCGAUUUUGAUCCGUUCGAAUAAAUAUCUGAAGAACGCAAUUUUGGCAAGUUUAGAGCACGCCAUCUCCACUUCCAGCACACCAGUUGCCCUUUACGAUAACCCAUUGUUAUUCCAAAACAACUAUGAAUGUCUGAUGUUCCGUAUAACCUACCUGACAAAUGUACAAGUUGACAAUCGACAAUGUGGUAGGUAG